CCACUAACAACCUACAUACAUACUUCAACCCAGUCAAACCACCCUUCAUGCUGUUUGUCCUGGUCCGUCAAUUGCCUAAACCUUCCAAAGCACUGUCAGUAUCACCAUCGUCAUCAACAUCGUUGUUAUUGUCGUCGUCGUCGUUGUCGUCGUCACCAUUCUCAUAUAAACUACGGGCGCAACCUCAUAUCGUACUACGACAUCUUGCCAACAUGCCCCCGUCACACAAGCCAUCUCACCACUCACUGCUUCUACUCCCCCCUGCACCGUCACCACCCACGUAUUCCGCCCUGAAGGCCGCAUACAACUCAUGUCUGUUCUCCGUGUUGAGGCAACUCGUCAGGGAUCCCCACCGUGACCACCAGCAGAAGAAGCCCACCAUUCUCGACAUUGCAUUGCCGUGUCCGCACCUCUAUGGACAACUCAAUUCCCCAAGAGGACCACUGUAUGCGACCACCCAAAAGCUCGUAGCCAACCUCUACAAGCUGAUCUGCACCAUCGCCGCCAAGGACGCAAUCGACACCGAGGAUGCAGAGGGCGUCGACGCCCGCAUCAUAUUGGUUGCGUACCCUCGUGAUGGACAAUUGGCGCGGGCACCCGAGGAGGCUACCCCAGAACAAGAACUACAGGGCCCGGCAAUUGACUUGUAUACGUUGGCACGUUGCCCAAGGCCAUGGGACACGAUCUUCUCCGUCGAGAGCGAGCAAGGGGAUGCGUUGUUGAGGAAUUUCCUUUCUCUAGGGCCAUCGUCACAUCAGCACAGCAUUUCGAAGGUCCGUGGGGGUAUAGUCGAGGUGGAAGGAACUAAAUCGACAACCUCUUCCGCACCUGACACUACUGAAUCACAAGAGCAAGUCUUUGAAGCGAAAGACCAUAAGUCUGUAAUCCUUGGUGGCACCUUCGACCACCUCCAUCUAGGACACAAGUUGCUCCUUACAAUGUUUGCCUUCGUCCUAAAGAGGGGUGGUAACACGUCCAUUCUGGGCGAUAAUAGCAGCCCUGCAACGCUCACGAUUGGCAUGACAGGUGACGAGUUACUCAAGAACAAGAAAUUCGCAUCCGUUCUCGAGAGCUGGGAGCGUCGUCAGGAAACAACACACAAUUUCCUCGACUCAAUCAUCAAUUUCGGACAGGCAGAUGACAGUAGGAUACGCAUCGAGCACAAGCAUGAACCUGGACCGAACGGCCAUGGCGUUUAUAUCUACUAUCCCUAUAAUCUAGUCGUCAGGUACAUUGAAAUAUGGGAUCCCUUCGGGCCAACCAUCACAGAGGAAGAUCUCACCGCUCUCGUCAUAUCGAAGGAGACGAGGGGCGGAGGUGCAGCUGUGAACCGCAAGCGCGACGAGCAGGGGUGGCAUGCGUUGGAGAUUUUUGAAGUGGACGUGCUUGAUGCUGGUGAGGAAGAGGGUGAGGACGUGGACGAAACGUUUCAAAGUAAAUUGAGUAGCACGGAAAUACGGCGGCGAUUGGCUGAGAGGGCGGAUUCGGUUGCAGCUCAACGUUGAUAUUGUAGUUAGAUAUGUCAGACGAAUGUUUUCCAAUUGCUCGAUGGGUAGCUAUGAUCAAUGAAUGAUUGACAGCCCAGGGUGAGAUUCAUGUACGCAUUGGUAAAAUAUGUGACAGCUGACGUUCUUUUCGUGUGUUCCCUGCAAUGAGAAGGGGUUACAGUAGAUGUGG